GUCCAAUCAGAGAGUGGAAUGCUAAUACUGGAGUGGAUGCAGGACGUGGGACGCUGAUGCUGAUGCUGGGGGACCCGCACAGUGAUGGAGCGGCGACGACGUUGAAAAGGAUGCAGUAAACACCCUUGUCAAUCCGUGAAGGGGUUUUCUUACGGACUCUCAGUGUAACAGAACCUUUGGAGAUGUAUGGCAGCGCGCGUGCCGUCAGCCACAUGGAGGGCAGCCCUGCUCGCUCCCCGCGGCUGCCCCGCUCUCCUCGGUUGGGUCACCGUCGAGCCAACAGUGGCAGUUCAAGUGGCAAGACCUUAUCCAUGGAGAACAUCCAGUCCCUCAAUGCUGCCUACGCAACAUCUGGCCCAAUGUACCUAAGUGACUAUGAAGCCAUCGGAUCCACUGCUACUUACCCUAAAGGCACCAUGACGCUCGGUCGGGCCACGAGUCGAGCGAUGUACGGCGGUCGGGUCACGGCCAUGGGCAGCACCCCUAAUAUCGCAACUGUGGGACUCCCACACGCUGACCUGCUGUCUUAUGGCGACCUGGGCUCACUGUCUAUGCUCCACCACCAGGGGACGCCGUCGGCCCUUCUGCGACAGGCGGUCAGGGGCGGUGGAGGUGAACUUUUGGAGCUCCAGGCGCAGCUACGGGACAUGCAGAGGGAAAAUGAGCUACUUCGGAGGGAGCUGGACCUGAAGGACAGCAAGCUGGGUUCUUCCACCAACAGCAUCAAGAGCUUCUGGAGCCCCGAGCUGAAGAAAGAACGCGUGAUGAGGAAAGAGGAGGCAGCGCGCACUUCAAUCCUUAAAGAACAGAUGCGGGUGACCCACGAGGAGAAUCAGCACCUGUUGGACGCCAGGAGGACAAAGCACCUCCAGUUGACCAUCCAGGCCCUGCAGGACGAGUUGAGGACUCAACGUGACCUCAACCAUCUUCUCCAGCAGGAGAGUGGGUCGCGGGCCAGUGGCGGUGAACACUUCACCACCAUCGAGCUGACCGAAGAGAACUUCCGUCGCCUCCAAGCCGAACAUGACCGUCAGGCCAAAGAGCUCUUCCUCUUGAGGAAGACGCUGGAAGAGAUGGAGCUGAGGAUCGAGACGCAGAAACAGACGCUGGGAGCCAGAGACGAGUCCAUAAAGAAGCUGUUGGAGAUGCUGCAGAGUAAAGGGCUUCCCCCAGCCUCAGGAAGAGCAUCAGAUGAAGAAGAGCAAGAGCGAGCUAGGCGUAUCGCAGAGGCCGAAAAUCAGCUGGGCCACCUAGAGGUGAUAUUAGACCAGAAGGAGAAGGAAAACAUCCAUCUGAGAGAGGAGCUUCAUCGGAGAAACCAGCAUCACCCAGACCCUGGAAAAACUAAAGCUCUUCAGACUAUCAUAGAGAUGAAGGACACCAAAGUCGCAUCCCUGGAACGCAACAUUCGGGACCUGGAGGAUGAGAUACAGAUGUUGAAGGCGAAUGGAUUGCUGAACACGGAGGAUCGAGAGGAGGAGAUCAAACAGAUGGAGGUCUACAAAAACCACUCCAAGUUCAUGAAGUCCAAGAUUGACCAGCUCAAGCAGGAGCUCUCAAAAAAAGAGUCUGAGCUUUUAGCUCUGCAAACAAAACUGGAAACUCUGAAUAAUCAGAAUUCAGACUGCAAACAGCACAUUGAAGUGCUCAAAGAGUCUCUCACUGCCAAAGAACAACGUGCUGCCAUCCUACAAACAGAGGUUAAAAAAAACCUUCAGGAGCAGCUGAGGGAUAAAUCUAAACACCAUUUUGGGAAUCACAGAGACAGGGUCAAGUCUCUCCCUUUGACGGACUCCAUCAAACACUCCAAAAUCUCAAUUAUGAACGGUUGGAUGCCCUCGUCCACGCUAGAGGAAGCCCUCUCUCAGAUUGAAAAGGAGCGAAUUAUCGAGCGCCUGAAAGAGCAAAGGGAGAGGGAAGACCGAGAGAGAAUGGAGGAGGUGGACUCUUAUAAAAAAGAGAAUAAAGACCUGAAAGAGAAGGUGAACUCUUUACAAGUGGAGCUAACAGAGAAAGAGUCGAGUCUCAUAGAUUUAAAAGAACAUGCCUCCUCGCUGGCCUCGUCAGGUCUCAAGAAAGACUCCAAACUCAAGUCCCUUGAGAUCGCAAUCGAGCAGAAGAAAGAGGAAUGCAGUAAACUGGAGACACAGUUACAGAAGCAAGCAGAGCAGCUGUUCAGUCAAAUGAACAAUCCCAAGGCUCAUGAAGUGGAGGUGCAGCAAAGCUCACGAGGGAACCCUGAGUAUGUGGACCGGGUUAAACUUCUGGAAAAGGAGGUGUCUUUCUACAAAGAAGAGUCCAGCAAAUCCCAGGCCGAGGUCGAGAGGUUACUGGAGAUUCUGAGAGAGGUGGAGACAGAGAAAAACGACAAGGAUAAGAAGAUCGCAGAACUGGAAAGUCCCCCUCCCACCGCUGCCCGCCCCGUGCCCCGCCCUGGUGGCAGAGCCCCCUCUGACCCUUCCCCCUCUGUGUCCGCUGCCCCCCAGCAGAUUGGGGGCAUGGUGUGGGACUUCCUGGGAAAUCUUGCGCCCAGGCAAACAAAGGAUCAAAAUAAAAAAGGCCCAGGCAUCAAGCUUGGUCCUCAGAUGGACAAGAAAGGCCCUGGGAAUAUCUUGCAAGAUCAACGCAAGGAUAAUCCAAUGGACAACCCAAAGAUGGAGGAGCUGAUGAAUGUUUUGGAGAAGACGAGGCAGGAGUUGGAAGCCACUAAGCAGCGUCUGUCCUCCACCCAACAGUCUCUGGCUGAGAGAGAUGGCCAUCUGACCAACCUCCGACAGGAGCGCAGAAAACAGCUCGAGGAAAUCUUGGAGAUGAAACAACAGGCUCUGCUUGCUGCUAUCAGUGAGAAGGAUGCUAACAUUGCUUUGCUAGAGCUGUCCUCCUCCAAUAAGAAGAAGACACAAGAGGAGGUGCUGGCCCUGAAACGAGAGAAAGACAGACUGAUGCAUCAGCUCAAACAGCAGACACAGAGCAGGAUGAAAUUGAUUGCCGACAACUACGAGGAUGACCAUUUUCACCCUCACGCUCCACCUCCCCACAUGCAACCUCCACCCCUUCAUCCUCAACCCCAACCCCAGCCGCCGUACACGCAGCCCCAACACCCCCACCAGCCCCCUUACCCACACGCACCCCAUCCCCAACACCCACAGCCCCCCCACCACCACCCUCAACACCCGCAGCACCCACAGCAGCCACCCCAGCCUCAAUACCCCCACCCGCAACACCCCCAGCACCCUCAACAGCCUGGCCCACACCAGCACCCACCUAGACCCCAACCACCCCACCCUCAACAUCCACAUCCCGGGGUCCCUCCGCAGCAGCACCCCCACGGACCUCCACCUCAGCAGGGCCCCCACCCUCAGCCAAUGCCACACCAACAGCAGCACCCCCAUCACCUCCCGCACCCCGGCCUGCAGGGCCCACACCCCCGACAUCCUCCACCACACCAUCGGGGUCCAGGCCGUGGACCACCUCAUCCCGGACACCGAUCUGCCCCAGACCAGGAUGAUGAAGAAGGAAUUUGGGCAUAACUAUUUCCAAACCAAAGCAAUGAUGUUGUUUUAUGGGACAAUUCGGUCACUAAAGGAGGAGCACAGCCAUGCCAUACAGAUGAAAUUCUACAUUGUUCACUUGGCCAGUCUUUACCUACAGUCAGAUGCAUUCUUUUGGAUGGGGCCCCACUUAUUUUCAUGCAUUAAGGAAAGAGGCGGAGCAUUAGUGUGAGUGGGAGGGCCAAAGCUGGAGAUGACCACCUGAGCAGUUUUUCAGAUGAUAAAAAAAUAUAUAUAUGGAGAGGAGGUCUGGACUGAACAGAAAAACAAUCACUUCCUGGUGCAGUUCUUUUUCUAAAGACAUUUGCCUUGAAGACUCUCCAAGCUCAGUCAACACUAGAUGAGAAACUGCAGCUGCUCCUUGUUGCCAUGGUUUCCACAUGCAACCAGUGCAUGCAUCCAACUGGCCCCACCCCUUCUCAGCAUUGCCUCGCCCACUCUCAUCUAGCUCCACCUCUUCAAUGAGGCAACAAGUCAGCCUGCGCACAUUCAAGCCUUGAUUCUGUCAGCCUUGUUCAUUUCUCCGUUUUUUUUUUGUUUGUUUUUUUUUGUUUUUUUUUUAUGUAAUCAAUGUAAAAUAAUGCCAUCCUAAUGAUUUCAUUUUUAACCAUUUCUUAUGAUCACAUCUGCAUAUGCAGUUUAAACCUUAAAGGGCAACUGUUGCCUGCCUUCGAUUCUUUAGGUUUUAUUAUAUGUGCUAUACAUACAUGUACUUCGGUUUGCGUAUACACAACGAUAUGCACACCUGUGCCACAUUUAGUCUUCAUCAUUGUUUUUUUAGUGUAUAUUGAACGUUAUAGAGGUAGUAUCUGUCACGUCUUUAGCGUUACCUCAGUUGAUCCUCAGAGGUAGUCUACUCUAUGCAGAGUUCGUUCGUCUCACAGAUUAUAACGCACUUAACAUACACCAUGCUAACCAGAAUUUGACCUUUCUUUUUGCUCGUGCUCCGCUCCAAUCCCCAAGCCUGGUCUGCAUGUGAGCUCUCUGUAAGCUCUCAUACACCUAUGCACCUCCAUCCCUUACAACAGGGAACAUUUCUAAUGGUGCUUCAACUGGUGCUCAGGCCCAAAAGAGAUGGAGACAGCCAUGGCUACGGUCAUUUUGGACAUCAGCUGAUCCGUCACACUCCCUGCAUCCAUGGCGCCAAGUUUUUUCGGAAGAAAAUUGAGAUGUUCUCCCAAGCUACUGCUGCAGGUUGUAGCAUUGAUGAAUUUGUUGACAAGGCCAGUCAAACCUGUGUGUCCCAUAAAGGGAAUGUCCUUCUCCUUUAACGAACCGCCCCACCAUGUAUUGGCAGAGCUACCGCCAAAUUCUCGUAACGUCUCAACAUGGUGGUGAGUGCCUAUUUAUAAAUAGAUAGUAGAUAUAUAGAUAGAGAAAUACUAGCUAAAUAAAGUGUGUCUACUGUGGUCAGACUAUUGUGUCAGAAUUCAAAGGAAACAUUUUUUUUUUGGUGUGUUUGAGUCGUGUGUGUUAUCAUUGUCUGUUUGGCCCUCACAGUGCUCUCAUUACAAGAUCUUGGCACUGGGGUCUAUGCAAAAAAAAGAACAGGAUGCAGGAUCUUCAGCUAGAAAAAGUGUUGUGUAGAAUAUUUUGCACCUCACAAAAAGAACAAAAGAUCAAACAGCAAUGAAAUCUGAAGUAAACUUUUGCAGUGCAGUGGACUGAAACUUACUUGAGGGUUAAAGAGAUAAUUAACCUUUAGUUGCUGUUCCCCACUGACUUCCAUAGUAUGGAAAGAAAAACACUACGCAAGUCAAUGGGGACCAGCAACUGAAGGUGAACUAUCCCUUUAAGCUCUGUUCACACUGAAAGCGAACUGUAGUUAAUUGUCAGUGGGUUUUGGUGACUUGAGGAUGUUGCAGCGCUGUCAUUGUGAAUGCGUCUAAAGGGAUAGUCCACCCAAAAAUAAAAAUUCUGUCAUCAUUUACUCACCCUAAUGUCGUUCCAAAUAUGUAUGACUGGCUUUCCUCUGUGGAACAAUUUUGGUUCCCAGUGACUUCCAUUGUAUGG